CCGGGGGUCGGACUCAACGCGCUCAACUACCACACGCUGCGCGACCUGGCGGGCAGGCUGCGCGAGCACGGAUGCCCACACGUGGUCGGGGGUGAUUUCAACGUCACCAAGAGCGAGCUCGAGAAGCGCGGCGUGUUGCGGCACUUCGAGGGCCGGGUGGUGGACGCGCUGGAGGCGACGCGCGUGCAAGUGCAGCGGUCCGUCGACAUGUCUAUUGUCUCCCAGGCGCUGGAGGUGAUCGGCAUCCAGGUGGUCAGCGGGUCGCCCGUUUACCCUCAUCGGCCUGUGCUUCUCAAUCUGAAAGCGACGCGGCAACCCCCGUGGAUCCGCCCGUUCGACGUGCCGAAGCCCUUCCCGCAGGCACGGCCCGCUGGGUGCCUGCGCGAGGAUCCUGCACCCAGGUGGAGGUCUGUUCGCGAUCGGCUGGCGCAGGUGCUGGACGUCAUUCCUGAUAUCAUCGCUA